AGGACGCGUGCGCGUCGACCUAUCACUUUGGUCGUGCGGUGCUUAAGCUUUCGUUGUCAGUAGUGGUGCGGCGGCCACAGUGAGGGCUGGUUCUUUUCGUUCUAUCCCGGACAACAAUACCGAAUCACCAGAAUAGCGAAAAAAGAGUAAAGAGAUGGGUUCAACGUAAUUAACGAGCAAGAGUCGAGCGAACAGGAGGAACAUGAGUAUGAUAUUCGUCAUUUGACUAGGACCAUAAAUCAGCAAUAUAAAUUCAGUACAAAGAGAGAGGGAGAGGGAGAGAGAGAGAGAGAAAAAGAAAAGUUUAAAAAUAAGUGAAAAAAAAAAAUAACAAAUGGAUUAGAAAUUCAGGAAGCUUUAAUCUUUUAAGAAGAAAAAGGAAAUUAAAUCAAAGGGAAUCACUUGCAAGGAAAGUACAAUAAAGAGGAAGAAGAUAAGCGAAGAGGAGCAAGGAACAAAGACAAAGCGAGGACAAUCUAGAACAAAGUUACCUAAUUAAAUUAAAAACCGACAUACAUUAAUUAUAUAAUAGAUUUAAUCGAUUGUACGUAUUUCUAUUGACGACUGAGAGUAUAUAUAUAUAUAUGUAUAUGUAUUCAUCUAUAUAUAUUAUAUAUUAAAGGUUAAUACGAGAGAUUAUUAUAAAUCAUUGUUAAUGUUAAGGGAUAUUCGAUGUUUUAAAAUAUUAACGAACGAGAAUUAGUACGAGCUACGAAAAGCGAAUAUUUCGAUUUUAUGGAUUGUAUCGUCGAUUUGAUAUUUAAUUGAGAACAAGCGGAAAAACGAAAUAAUUUCCUAACGAAAAGGAGAAAGUAUAAACAGAGAAACUAUAAGCAGAAUAAACGAUAAAACGAUUAAACGAUAAAAUAAAAAGGAAGAAACUAAUCAAUUUACGAAGAAACGAUAUUAUUAGGCGAAUAUAAUUCGUUGUACUUGAAAAAUAUAUAAUUAUAUACGCAGACGUUAAAAAUAUACUGUUGUAUAGUUGUACGGGGGUCCAUGUUUAAAGAGAUUAUCGAACAGAAGAAAGUUUGUUUUCAUUGUUAUUACUGGAAAUAGAAGAGAAAUACUAGCAGGGAAAAGAAGAAAUCUUGAAAAGGAAGAAGAGUCUUUACGAAUAGAGUCUGAGCUUUAGAAUACCUUCACGUGGGGGAGGAUGCUGCUCUGAAUUGCGAGGCCAAGGCGACACCAAGAUGAAUUUGGAAGUGGAACUUAUCGCUGGGGUGAUUAGGGGUGGACCACCCCCUAAAAAUUUGCCCGCGCCGAGGCUCAUUAAAAUCUUCAUCGCUGGAGAACGGAAUGAAUUUACCGAAGAAAGGAAGCAAUUAUUGGAACUUGUCGGGCCUGAACUGCAAUCGAUUUACGACGACAUGGGAAUCGAGGUCCUGCUGGUGGAUAUGCAAUACGCAACGAAUGUGAAUCCCGAUAGAAAUCCAUAUUUAGCUGAACACUUUUUCGACGAAAUACACGCCGCUUAUCAACACUCGAGGGGUUGUUUCUUAUUGCUACUAAUCGGUGACGAGUACAACGUAGGAUGGGUGCCAACGAAGCUCGCUUGCGGAACGUACGAUGUUCUUUCCAGUCACUGCGACAAUAUGCAAGAGUACUACGAACGCGACAGCAAUGAUUGCUACGUUCUAAAGGCUGGCAGAUUAGGAACGGCGGAAGACGAUUGGCAGAAUUCGGAACCGACCAUAAGGCUGGCACUGAAGAAGGCUGCUGAGGCUGCAGUUUCGCAGCAAUGUGAUGACGAAGAAAUUAAGAAUAUAUUGAAGAGCACCGCGGAGAGACAGCUGGAGUACGCUUUGAAGCUGGACGAAACAGGCGAUGGUGUAAUAGCCGUGACACGUUCGUGGAAAGGCAAGAAGGCUGCCAGAGCAGUGUGUUCGUUGACGUCCUUGGUGAACAGUCGUCUCCCACCUGACAAUAUAAUCAACGUUGAAGUGGAUCAAAAACAAGGUGGCAUUAAUCCUGACAACAGGUCGCACAAGGGCUACCUGGCUCAUCUUUGUCGCCUCGUGAUGAAUCGCGUGCAGAAUUUGGUGAACGCCUCCAUCGAGGCGGACCCGGAAAUUAAAAGCAAGAAGAAGAUGGUGCAGGAGAUCUACGCGGAGAGUUUGAUGCAUUUGGCGCUUCUCAGGCAAAUUACGCCUUGCGAGGAUAACGAGAACGUGGAGAAGAUCAAGGAGUUUUUGAUAGCUGGUAAAUCGCAGAAACACGGUCCGAUAUUGAUAAAGGGUAGCAAGUAUUCUGGAAAGUCAUCGUUAUUGUCGCGAAUCUAUGCGGAUGCCUCUUCCUGGUUGGAUUGCACCACGUUCAAAGUGGUUCGACUCUGUGCUUCCACUCCUCGAUCGGCGUACAGUCUCGAGCUACUUCGAGUGCUCUGUCAACAUGUAGGUUUUCUUUCUGGUUUAUUGGAUGGGAAUCUUCCUAAAGACGCCUCGUUUGAUCCGCUUUACCUGAACAAUUGGUUGGGCCAAAUUCUGAGGCGCAUCGAAGAGCAACCGAUGAUGGAGCAACUGGUGAUUCUUCUCGACGAUCUUCAUCGAUUGCAUCCUCUUGACUGCGAUAUCGUCGCUGCUCUGUCUUGGUUGCCAUUGAAUCUUCCACCAGGAGUGCACUUAAUCGUGACUACGGCUCUUCCACCGGAAGUGCUGCGUCUCACCCCGAUACAAAAAGAGAGACUACGCAGCAAUGAGAUUUUAAUCGAACUACAAGAUUCGGGUACGGAUUUCCACGAGACAGAGAACGUUUUCGACACGUUGGAGAAGUUGAUAGGUGAAAACGCGGCUAACAGAAUCGGUGCCAUUUUGGCUUCCACGGAGUAUGGUUUGUCCGAAACGGAGAUUCUUGAGGUGAUCAUGCCAACCGGAGGCGACGGGCCGCUAUUUCUAAACGAAGGGCAGUUCAAUUUUGGCAGCUGGUGCUUGGUGAGGAGAACCUUCAACGAAUAUCUCAAAGUUCGCGUAAUGGGCGGAAGACUGCUUUUCUCCUGGCGUUAUCCGAUUCGCGACUUAGCCCGAAAAAGGUACUUCCCGAAUCAGGAAACAUUGAAAAGCUACCACGGCGAGUUGGCAAAUCUCUUCUUCUCCGAAGAUUUCGAAGACAAGGAUGACAAAUCAUCCCCCGAAGAGGAAACUCCGAAGAAAGAGACGCCUUUCCAGAGCAGACCGAGGUCGCAAGACACAGCGUACAAUAUGAGACACGUGGAAGAGGCUUGGUUGCAUUUAUUGAGAGCCGGCGACGUAGAAAAGUUAAAGAAAUUGGCAGUCUGCGCGUUCGAUUUCCUCUUAGCAAGCGUGCAAAUGAUUUCUGUUAGUUAUUUGAGGUGUGUUCUCGAGCAUUCGAGGAAGUAUCUGCUGGAGAGAGAUCUGGAAUUGGUUUAUUAUACAGUGAGAAAGUCCAGUGACAUUUUGACGAGAGAUCCUCUUCAACUUGGCGCGCAGCUGAUCUGUUGGCUUAGACCCGUGGCUGAAGAUGGCGGAGAUUUGGUCAGCAGAAUGGUUACGGCAGCGAUGGCAUGGUGCGAUGGUUAUACAGCGCCAUUAUUGGUGCCAUUAAAUGGCUGGCUCCAACCGCCUCUGCCUCUUCAAAUUCGUACUUUGUCCUGUCCGCAAGGUGUGAAACUCGUCGAAGCUGCUCCGUCGGGACAGCACGUUAUCAUUAUCCCUUUCCAGGGAGACGCUCAAUUAUGGCACGUGAUGUCUGGGCAAUUGGUUCAUACUUUUAAAGGGCACUCAAAUCCAAUUUCGUGUUUAGCCGUAACACAGCAUUCGCAAUAUCUACUGACAGGCUCUGAAGACACUUCCAUUAUAGUAUGGGAUAUGAAAGAGCUGACUUUGAAGUUAAGAAUCCAAGAACACAUUGCCCCAGUUCUGUGCUUGACGUCCGCGCUCAAGAAUUCAGUGAUUGUCAGCGGUGGCGAAGACUCGAGAAUAAUCGUCACCAGUCUCCUAACCGGCGAUGUUCUCAUCAAAGUGGACCACCACAGAGGGCCAGUAAAGUCCAUUCGCGUCGAUUCCGCGGGAGAAAUUCUGGUUUCCGGUUCUUCCGACUGUACAGUCUGCUUAUGGUGUCUGGAAAGAUUCACAUUGUUAAAAAGCAUCGUUUUACCAUCCGCCGUGACUGUGCUCGACGUAUCGGCCGAUUCGGUGUUCCUAUUGGCAGCCUGCGAAGAUCAGAAAUUAUAUUUGAGAUCUUUGGCCACGGGAACCGAGGUCCACACGUUGAGAGGUCAUCAAGGUGAAGUGAAAAGUAUCUGCUUGGCGAAAGAUUGCAGAAGAGCCAUUGCCGGAGGAGCGAAGGGGAAGGUUUCCGUUUUCGAUAUGCACAGCGGACGAUUGACGAGAACGUUGCUGGCCAAUCCUUCGGCGGAUGUUACCGCUGUCAAGGUGACGGAGAAGGACGACUUCCUGAUAACAGCUUCCGGCGAUCGAGUGGCUUACUGGAGUUUCCGUGGCGAGGAGAUACACGCUAAACCCGCGAAAUUCGUGAAGGAGGUAUCGUUGCACCCACACACUGCUCCCAUAUCUUGUUUGGAUAUAUCCAGGGACGGAGCAAUGGCAGUUACCGGUGGAGUCGAUUCUCUCGUAAAUCUGUGGCAAUUGAAUACUCACGAAUUGCUUUCCACUUUCGAAGGACAUAUCGCUAGCGUCACCUGCAUUGCAUUCUCAGCUUCUGGUUUAUUUGUUGCUUCUGGUUCUGAGGACAAAACAGUUCGUGUAUGGGGUCUGACCUUAGGUUUACUGGUAUCGACGUUUAGACACCAGGCACCUGUUACUGCAGUCACAUCUAUGUUUGACGGCCGAAGAAUCGUGAGUUCUGAUAGAGCUGGUACAAUCCGAGUUUGGGCAGCUGAUACCGGCACCCUAAUCCAAUCAGUAUGUGGGCCUGGUCGCUGUUUCACUGUUUCUUCCGAUAUGAGAUACGCGGUAUGCGGAACAGGAGACAAUCAAUUAAGAAUAGUAAGUUUAGGUGUUGGUCCUGAAGAGAAGUACCAAGUGUCGCAUUCUCAAGAAAUUACCUGUCUAGUUGUUACUCCAGAUUCUCAGUCACUGAUUACGGGCUCGAGAGACAUGAGUUUGAAGGUUUGGCAGCUCGCUGGCGGCAAAUUAUCUCAGGUCCUCGUUGGUCACACGGAUCACGUUACCUGCGUCGCAGUUUCUGUGCUCGACAAAUCCAUCGUAGUUUCUGGUUCCAAGGAUGCGAACCUGAUCGUCUGGGAUAUAAAUACUGGCAGCGAUCUGCAUACCUUAAAAGGCCAUUUAGGUUAUGUAACCUGUGUAAAAUUGUCGUGUGAUGGAACUCUGGCAGCGUCUGGAAGCGAAGACAAGAGUUUGAUCAUUUGGGACACGAAGAAGGGCUGUUCACUGAGCAGCAUAAUGUUACACGUGCCUGUGUUAGGUGUUGAGGUUGCCACGGAUAUGUCGAGGCUCGCGUUGCAUUUACUCGAACACAAAUGCAUGCCUAUUCUAUGUUUGCAUAAUACUCCAGCGCAGUAUGUGAAAUUACCGGAUUACGUAGCACCUUGGUGCGAUACCAGAGAUUUGAGACCACCUGGACGGAAGAGACCCAAUAAGAGAUUAUUGAAGAAAGAAGUGUCAUUGGAUAGCGACACGUGGCAUAGGAAAUAUGGCCAUCUCACUUCAGGAGUUUUAACGUCAUCGAUAGAGGAUGGAUUACAACGACGGUUCAGCGUAAGCGCUUCCAUGGACGAGAUCAGCAAAGUUGGAUUAACGAGUAGUCCAUCCGGUUUAGGACCGGAACAGGCUGCACUCGCCCAGUCCCAACACUUCGAUCAACUCGAAGCACUUUGGAAUAAACAGUCUCCACCAGCUAGACCUCGUGCUCAUGGUAGGACUCUGUCGAAGCAAAGUUCUUUGCAAGCUACGCGAAUAUCAGAUUCCGAGGAAGAAGGUGUACCAGACUAAAGCGAUACUUUGUUAGAAACUAAACGGACUAAAUCCUAGUCGUCGUACUUUCUUCUUUUUUCCACUGUCUUUCUAAGUAACAGAGAAGAAAAAUAGUAAGUAGGAAAAAAAAAACACGAAAG